GACAAAACUAACGAAAAUAAUGAUAAUGUUGAUUUGGAGGAUCUAGUUAAUAGCUAUAUGAAAAUUCUAGAUACCUGGGCACCUGAAUCAAAAGAAACUAAAAAGCCCAAAUCUAAUGAUAGCUUUUACAAUGAUACUGAAAUUGUAGUAGACAAAUAUAAGGCAUCUAGUGAACCUGUGGCUGCAGAUUGUGCUGAUAACGAAGCUGACAUUGGAGCCUAUUACCAGAAUAAGGCUAUGGUUGAUAUAAAUUGUAGAGUUCCUGGUAAUUGCCACCGAAAUAAAAUGAAUAGAUAUAGAGCAUUUGUUCACCAAAAAUCUUAUAAAGAUGAAAUUACGGUAGUUGAAUUUGUUAUGAAAUAUGGUCAUGGUAGUAAAAACAUUGAUAGUCUCAGUAGAAUUGAAAAAAAGAGAAAAGAAUCAUAG